AUGAGUCUCUUGGCCAAAGUCGCGCGCCUGUACCAGCAGUCGCUGAGCAAGACGCUCGGCCAGUACGGCCUCAAGUACGACGACGCGCUCGUCGACACGGCCGCCGUGCAGACCGCGCUGCACUGGGUGCCGCACGCGGACUACAAGGCGCGCACGAAGCGCAUUGCGCGCGCGGCCGACUGCUCGCUCAAGCGCAGCUACUUGCCGGACGAGAUCCAGGCCAUCCAGCGCCCGCUGGACUUUUACAUGUCGCAGAAGGUCGUGGAGGCCGAGCGGCUGGCGGACGAGCGCGCGGAGCUCACGCGGUGGUAG